AUGACCCCGAGCACAAAGCUAUCGCUUGGAACACCAGGAAAAGCUUUGGGAAGAGCUGUUAUUCUGAAUCCAAGGAAACCUGCAUUGGAACCAAUCCACGUCUUGCUUGAUACUGGAGCGGAUCGCUCAUUCAUCAGAAGCGAAUUGACAAGUCCCCUUGAGCUACAGGACCUCAAAGCGAUUGAGAUGAGCAUCAACACAUUUGAAUCCAAACAGCCGCUACCGCAAACAUGUGGGAUCGCUCAGCUUCAACUUUAUCGGACAAAUCAGAAACACCUCACAAGAUAUUUGUCACCAAAAUCGACCCUGUCACGGAACCAAUGGUACGGCACAGCCGAGGGCGAACGGUUCCUGUUUGUCAACAACAUUUAUCUCUCUAUCACUUUCGAUGCUAAGAACAUUAAGCCACCGGUUCUAUUCGGGUGCGCAGACCUCUACGAAUUCCUUGAUGGAGGAUUUGCAGUACAGACAGCGGCAACGGUUUCAUCUGAGGAGCAAGGGAACAUUGCCUCCAUAAACAUGGCUAACCGCAUUGCUCAGUCCAAUGGGUACCUAGCAAAGGUCUCUCAUUCAAAUCGGAGCCAUGCAACUGAACGGCCGUGCCACAGGGUCCCUGUGGCAACAAAAAUCCCUUUCUGCCUUCCUUUUACUUCGGAUGACAUGAGCAAUGCAGUGCGAGCAAGCUUACGACAGGCGGGUCUGCAAGACUCAGUCAGAGUAGUGGACAUACCACCUGCAAACCUGAAGCAGCAGCUAGUCCGCAAUUGCGCAUAUGACAGACUUUGUGAGACACCGAAUUGCAUCGUUUGUCCGAACGGGAGGCAGGGUGAUUGCGUGGUAUCGGGGGUUAUCUACCUAAUCACCUGUCAGUUAUGUGGGGCUGAGUACAUUGGCGAAAUAGGAAGAUCACUAUGUAUCCGCGUCAAGGAGCACCUAGACGGGCUCGUAAAAUCAAAAACAUCAUCCCCUUUAGGUGCUCAUCGCAGACAGUGUCAUGACAACACCCCUUUCAAGAUAGCUGUCACUAUCUUAGCACGCGAAUCGGACGUUCUAGCGCGAAAAACAUUGGAAGCGUUUUACAUCACGACCAAAAGUCCUAUCAUGAAUCGUAAAGAAGAAUGCAUCGCUGUGACCAACGAGCUGGCGCCAUAUAAGGACCUUUGCGGGUUUUGA